UCAAAGAUGAAAUUAUGGUAAAUAGUAAGCGUUGUUACAACGAGCUGCAGUGUUUAAUAGUCCGCGUUUUAUUUCGCGCGCGUUAUCAAUCCGCAAAAAGAGUGCUUUUCAAACAAACCAAUCGAGGAAACUGUGGUUUAUGAGCACGGCACUCCAGAAAUGGCGAAGUUCCUGAAGUCGAUAUUCCACACGACAGACAGACGGAAGCCGUCGCACUAUGAGCACGAGGUCGAAGAUGAGAGGAGCGAGUCUCCGCCACCAGAGCGUAGGAGACAGCUGUCCAUAUCGCGCUCUGGCAGAAUGAAGCAGGCUAACAAGAAGAGGCAUUCCUUGACGCUGGAGCUUUAUGGAGAAACCAUCCAAAUAGACGCAGUAGAAAAUCCAGUACCCAUGGACUACCAAAUUCACUCACCAAGCCACACCGCUCCUGCAGAUCUUGAACCUUACAGUGCCAACCCAGGCAGGUUUGACACAGCUGAUAUGAAUGACGUUAUAGACCUUCCAGACCAAUCUACAGAUUUAGCUAAAACUAUAGAAGUCACUCUGGAAGCUAAACUAAGUACCGUAGCUAUUGAAAAGUCACCUGAGGAAGAAAUAGACAACGCAUUUGAAAUCUUAGACAAGUCAUAGCGAAGGGAGUUUGUACAGAAGAAGGGUGUAGUGUUAAUAAUUAAGUAUUAUAAAAUAGUAUUGUUAUAAUUGAGUGAUAAGUAAUAUACAUAGUUUAAAUAGCUAGGGCGAGAUAUGGAUGAAGAAUUACGACUGCUUUGGCCAAUAACUUCUUACUGAUGAUUGAACCUGGGCUUAUUCUCGUGUAAGUGAUUUACGUGGUUGAUGGAGCUAUGUGGGAGUUAGGUACCUGUUGCCUAGCUAUUUAUGUAAAUGUGAGACUUGAGUAAGAUAUUUUACCGUUUCUACCUUGAAGUUGAAACAGGAAAGUGUUUCUGCGUGUGGCAUAGGUGUGCGUUCAUAAUAAAUAAAGAGAUGCUAUCGAUCCUUGAUAGAUUUUUGAUAGCAGUAUUAUUAUAUUGUUUGGGGUUUCCAUCGAUUAUACGGAUAUUGGUGUAUUGUAUAAAAAGCUAUGUUGGUAACUGGCGAAAGUGUUGAUUAUGAUGUUUCUGAGACAGUGAAGCAUUUAGAAAUUAACAGAAGAUAAAGAGUUGACGCUUCAUUCGUAAGGGUCUCGUUAAGACUAUGGAAUAGGUAUUGGAAUGGAUAUAUUGGGUAUUCUUUAUAUUCUAAAGAUUUGGAAAACUGAACAGCAUAUUUUGGUGACAACAUGUCUGUAACUGUAUUUCUUAUCAUUAUUAUUAUUUAAAUCCAGAUAUAGCUAAUUGGAUUAUGCAUAAAAUACCCACUAAAUAAUCUAUUGCAGUUAUUAUUUGCUGCUCAAAAACUGUACUUGUCCUUGACAAAAGGCAAUUUAUAAAAUACUUGAUAUCUUGUGAGUUAUCAUAAAAAAAAAUCGAUGAUGAUUUUCGCGAUAUGAAUUGAAAUAUAGUAGGUAUAGUUUUAUUUUGUACAUUUUCACCCAGUGAAUGAUUUAUCUAGCAUUUAUCUGAAGUGUGACUUAUAUAACUUAUACGUGCAAUAUAACCUACGUAUAAAAAUAGUUAUUCAUAUACUGUCGAACAUCGAAUCCUGGUCACAGCUCUUAGUACCUUUAAAACGUUGGUCAUCAUAAUUUGAAAUAUUAAAUUAUUAUUUGAAACGACGCAACCAAAUGUAGCUAUGAUAUAAGGUGUGAUAUUAAUUAUCAAAAGAUUUGAUUGAUUGAUAAGUUUCUAUUUUGGGAAAUCCACAGAAAGAAACGUUAAUUCUAAUACUUUAAAUAAAACUGCCUGGUGGAGCUAGAGUUGUCUUUAUUUCUUUAAAGUUGCCUUUUCAAAAUUUAUUGAAAUAGACGGUUUUUACUGAACCAUUUUUCUGCUACCAAGUGUAGUUAGGUAGUAAAUAAUGUUUCAUCUGUAAUACCCAAUUGAUGUACGUAAUAUAUUGUUUUUGUAAUUGACGCGUUUUGCAUGGAAUUAAAGACUGAUUGUUCAAACAA